CAUAAUCAAGAACAUAAUGAUUCCCAUUGUCUAACCAAACUGUUGUUAACUCCUGACAACUCUCAUUCUGUUAUUGUAAACAAACAAGUAACAGGACAAUUAACAUCACGUGCACUUGCAUCACCGGCUACUUACUCGGCACUGGACCAUCACUCGCCAUCAGAACAACGCCAGCUUCCAGCAAUGUUGUCCGAAAUUGUCCUGUCCUGUCUUUUGGCUCUUCGGCUAACAUCGGCAGAACCGACGGCCGGUGGAAUCGACAGAACCAUGAGCGAAGGGGUGACGAGUAUGGGUUACAAUGUGAUGUACGGUGAUGAAGAUUUUACUAUACUAAAUUCGGUUGUGGACGAGGUUGAAAAAAAGGCGUCGAAAGCUAAAAUUAGAUUGAAUGAGCUGAUUAAGCCGCUGCCCGUGAGGGAUGUGAAAUGUUUGAUGUCAGCUGAUCAUUAUUGCUCUAAGGAUAUGAAAGAGACGAAAAGUAUCAUAAUUCAAGCUAUCAAAGACGACUGUAAGGAUUGUUCGACGGCGCAAAAAGAGAACGCCGGGCGGGUCAUAGCGGCCAUGAUGGCGUACGACCCCUCCUCCUGGAAGCUGUUCCUCACCAGGAUUGCCCUUCUGGUAAAGGAGCAAUAUAUAAACAAACGGACAACCUCCGUACCAGACACGGACCGAUACAGGACCGUAGGCGAGCCUGAAGAAGUGAUAAGUGUGCGUGCCAACCGAUUCAUUCUACCCGGUGCCAAGGUGAGAGUGAAGAGGUACCUUAUGGAAAAGGUUAUGGAAUAGCGGUUUAGUUUCUAGGAUUAUAAUUGUGCCAUUUUAAAGUAAUAUUUAUCUUUAAUGUUUGAAAGCAGAGGGGCAGAAGCGCUGCACAAUAAAUUGAGGGGCCCAUCCCAAUAAAAUUAUAGGUAUAGGUACUUAAACCACCUUUUUAUUUGAUAUAUUAGGGCUCAUUUACACGGUGCGAGAACUCGCAUGCGAUUCAUUACAUUGCGGUAUUUGAUCGGUUGGCCGAAUUGGAUGUAACCUCAAUAGUCCGCAAUGUAACUAAAAUCGCAUGCGAGUUUGCGUGCCGUCUAAAUCAGCCCUUAUUGACGAAAUUGUCGGUCUGAAUGGUAUCAAACUCUACUGCCACUCAUAUAAAAACGUAUCCCUGAAAUUAAUUUGAUGAAUCCUUUGCUUGUAUUAAAAGUGAGACGUAAGAACCCUUAAAUGAUGCAUGAUUGAAUUGUAUUAGGCUGAUUGUAAUUUAUAAUUGUUAAUAUAAAUCAUUGUACAAUAAUUACAUUUACGGGCCUAUUCGAAUCGUGAGAAGGAAAGGUUGAUACCUAACCUACUUGCUAACCAUAAACCUAUGCUAAAAGUGACGAUGAGUCAAAUAGGCCCCAUUAAUAUUAAUGUUGUAUUACAAAUGGGAUAACAUA